AUGUUAAGUUGUGUAUGAGUUUAAUAACAUAAAGAAUCUAUUUACAAGCAAGGUCCUUAUAUAAUACCUAGAGAUAAUUUGCAUAUAGCACAAACAUGUUCCUUAUAAUUAUAAUAAUAAAACCUAAUUAGCAUGCAACAUAAGUAACUAUUAACAGUGGGAGUGGAUGAUCGAGGGGAGAAAGAUCAGUCAACAGAAUUCCAAGAAAGCAUCACUAGGAAAGAGGAUGGAAGAUACGAAGUUGCUGCUCCGUGGAUACCUGGAGCUGUAUUGUCAAACACUAAUGAAGAACCCAGUAGGAAGAGACUCCACAAUGUAAACAGGAAGUUGAAACAGAAUCAACAGCUCAAAGAUGAAUAUCAGAAAAUUGUUCAUGAACAGUUGAAAGACGGAGUCAUUGAAAAGACGUUUCUGCAGGUUGGUUUGAAGGAAGAUGAUCGAGAUGCGUUUCGGUUUCUGUUUGACAUCGAAGGUCAAGUAGAACAUUUAAGAUUUACCCGUGUGCCUUUCGGCGUGGAAGCCAGCCCAUUUAUGCUUGGUGCCACCCUGCAACACCACUUCAAUCUGCAGCCAGAAGAGUACAAAAACACCAUUGAGUCGUUAAAAGAGAACACUUAUGUUGAUAAUCUAAUGAAGACCGGAAGUGAUAUUGCAGAUCUUGAAGAUUUCAAACGCGAAGCGACAAAAAUCCUAGAAGACGCGAAGUUCCCAGUCCACAAGUGGGAGUCGAAUGUUGAAGAACUUGAUAACGAGUCAAAUCCCAGCAAAAUACUCGGACAUAAAUGGAAUAAGAAAGAAGAUACACUUGAGAUUCGAGCAGAACCUACAAAGGAAGAAACAUCAGUGACAAAGAGACAUAUUCUUAAGGAAGUCAGUAGCAUAUAUGACCCUUUGGGAAUAAUAUCGCCGACCAUGGUUGAAGGAAAGCGCACGGUAUAG